AUGGAGAUAUCUGUAAAUAAUCCCUCAAUCAAGAAUUGGUUAAGAAAAGUGAUGCAUACCGAGAAAAAUACCAAGGCACCAGAUGUCUUUGGUGUGCCCCUCUAUCAAAGUCUCCAAGUAGCCAAUACACUAAUAGCUUAUGAAGAUAAAGAUUCUAUUAUUGGCACUAUACCCAUUAUUGUAGCCAAAUGUGGUGCCUACUUGAAAGAUCAAGGUCUUUACGUGGAAGGCGUCUUUCGAAAGAGUGGCAGUGCCAAAAGAGUAGGCGAAUUGCAACAGCAUUUCAACUCAUCAUCUGAUUUUGGCAUAGGCCUGAAUUGGAGAAGACUCGGGUACACAGUUCAUGAUGCUGCCAAUUGUUUGAGGCGUUUCCUCAAUUAUCUCCCAGAGCCCGUUAUCAUAUUUUCGCUGUAUGAGCCCUUUCGAAGUAUAGCAGCACAGCAACCGCAUAUCGAUGUAGAUCAGAUUGAUGGGCCCACCACUGCGUUGAUGAUACAGCACUAUCAGAAUUUGAUCGAGCAAUUACCACCUGUCAAUCAAUACUUACUCUUUUACUUGCUGGAUCUCCUUGCGCUGUUUAGCAGAUAUGCCAAAUACACCAAAAUGAGCUCCAUGUCACUCGCAUCCGUCUUUACCCCUGGCAUUUUAUUGAAUCCAGAACACGCAAUGAACCCAUCUCAGUACAAACUAUCACAACGUGUCGUUCAGUUCUUAAUUGAGCAUCAGGAGCACUUCCAUUUACCUCGAAAUCAACGACAGCAGCAACAAGACAGCAAUGCCAAAUUAACCCCAUCAUCUCAUAUAAACACAGCCGCAUCAACAUCAUCUUCAUUUCAGCAACAACAACAGCAUUUGAUUCGAGCAAAUACAGUGCCUGUUCAUAGUAAACAUCGACUGUUAAACGAUGAUUUGGUGUUGCAAAUCAUCAAAUAA